CUUAAAACUGACUGACACUCAUCGUGUGGAAACCGUUUCGACAUAAACCCUAAAAGAUUGUGUGCUCUUCUGAUUUGUGGUCUGCUUGACAUAAAAAGGUAGUCAGUAUUUGGAGUACUUACAGGAAGUCUGGGGUCAUAGUUAAAAACGGCACAAUGGUGCACAACAACACACAAACAACAUGUAACCAUUCAAACACACGUCAGAUUAGCUUGCAACUUAAGCCACCCGGCUAUACUCUAAUAAUAGAUAAUCCCGCCUCAUGAUGCCUAGUCCUUCCGUACAUCCACCUUUAAUUUGCGCUGCAUGCACCACAAAGGCUCUUUUAUAACAGCAACCAGACUGUUACAGUUAAUUGACAAAUAGUCAAGGCAAAUUAGUACACAAAUGGCAUCACUGUCAGAGUCAGGUUGUUUAAAGUCUCAUGGAGAUUUUAUCAAGCACUCCCUGCCCCCAUCUGUGUGUGACAGUCACACACCUACCAUACAACAACAUGUGAUGCACUGUCUUGAGUGGCAUUCAAAGUGAAGCGUAUUUUCAAAGAACUAUUGCCAAUGUUUUGAAGUGAUUACAGGAGAUUCACCCUCUUCUUAGUGAUGGGAGCAACAAAUACUACAGUGGACUUCCCUGGGAACAUGCAGUAUACAUCUUGGGGAAAAACCAGUGAAAUAUACCAGCACUAACACUUCAGCUGUUGCAUAUGAUGGAACAAGACAUAGCUGGAUUAACCUGUUGGGAGGCCUGGGGCUUUGGAACACCCCCACCCCAUUAUCACUACAUUGACAAAUAGGCUACAACACUUAAUACUUUGUCGUGUAAGCAGUAACCGAGUAUCUGUCUGUUACUUAUUAAGUACUAGUUUAUCCAAGGAUUUGCAACUUGCACAUACAAUAAAUCAUGUAAGGAACCCGCAUUAACUGAAAACAUUUUAGCCACUUGGGGGCAGUGCGACAAUUUAAGGGGUUAAAUCUAUAUUAAGUGGCUGUGGUUAAUAUGUUGUCAGCUUCUGUCUGACACAUAGAAAGAACCAACAUUAGCGAUAAUUUGCAGUCGUUUUUCAAGUUUCUUCGCACAUUUACAUCUAAUAUUUACUUCUGUGUUUGCUGAUUUAGCCUAUACUCACACCCGAGGCAAAUGUCUCUGUUCUCGUGUAGUAGCAGUUUCAGUGGUAGUGGCAGUAUAAGUAUUUAUUGUACGUGUCUUGUCAGCGGAAUAGGACGAGGAGAAAUAGGAUUUCAUACCACUGUGCGCUUUUAUACGAACAGAUGUGUGAGUGACAAUAAACAUGGCUUAAAACCAGUUAAUGGAUUGUGCAUUAAGGUCAUAUUUUUAUACGAGUCUAACAGUACAAAGGCUCAAUAAGCACGAUGUGUUUUUUUUUUUUUUUUUUGUAUUAUGAAAUAUUGAUCGGCGCAGCUUUAUUUGCAAGUAACCUACAUAGGCCAGCACACCCUCCAGCUGUGGACCCCCGACAGCUCUUACACCCAGUACCAAUACGCCACUAUCCAAACAGAAUAUCUGCUUCUACCUUGUGCCGUUUUAAAGUUCACACAAGGCCCGAGUUUCCUGUUUUGAAGAAUACUGAGCUAAAAAGUGCACAAUCAUCAGAAUCCCAGGACAGUGACUCAGUAGCUUGAAAUCAGUGUGGUCUCCUCUCCUACGAGGGCAGCGCAGUUUCAACCCGGAGCGACUUCUUCGCCUUUUUUUUUUUUUUUUUUCUCCAACGCCGUGUACCUUUAAAAGGUUGAACUCGCUGGUCCACGGUUUGCGAGCACUGGGAUUGUUUCUCCACUCGGCUGAGCAGUGUGUAGCCCCCUAGCAGUGACAUGGCAUAAGAGGCAGCAUCCUGCACCAUGGUCGCUCUCCCUCGGUCGAAGCGGAGCGGAGCCCGCGCCGCCUGCGCCGCGCUGGACGCGAUGAUGCCCGUCUGGAUACUACUGAGCUCGGUGUCGGGGCUAAAGGCGGAGGACGACGGCAUGGAAGAACUUGCCACCGAGAAGGAGGCUGAGGAAAGUCACCGACAGGACAGUGUUAAUUUGCUGACAUUCAUCUUGCUGCUGACCUUAACGAUCCUCACCAUAUGGCUCUUCAAGCACAGGCGGGUUCGUUUCCUUCACGAAACCGGGCUGGCAAUGAUUUACGGUUUGCUGGUAGGAGUGAUUCUGCGUUACGGCAUUCCUGCCACCAGCUACCACAACAAGACCCCCCCGAGCUGCUCGCUGAAGGAAGGACCUGCCAGCACCCUGCUGCUUAAUGUCAGCGGCAAGUUCUUUGAGUACACCCUCAAAGGGGAGAUCAACUCCAGAGAGAUUCACAAUGUGGAGCAGAACGACAUGCUGCGAAAGGUGACAUUUGAUCCUGAGGUAUUCUUCAACAUACUGCUCCCUCCGAUUAUUUUCCAUGCCGGGUACAGUCUAAAGAAGAGACACUUCUUCAGGAACCUGGGCUCCAUCAUAACCUAUGCAUUUCUCGGCACUGCCAUCUCAUGUUUUGUUAUCGGCAAUCUGAUGUACGGUGUGGUCAAACUGAUGCAGGCGGUUGGCCAGCUGACCGACAAGUUCUACUACACGGAUUGCCUUUUCUUUGGUGCCAUCAUCUCCGCCACAGACCCAGUGACCGUGCUGGCCAUCUUCAACGAGCUCCACGCCGAUGGGGAUCUCUACGCGCUGCUGUUUGGAGAAAGCGUUAUGAACGACGCGGUGUCCAUUGUGUUAUCCUCGUCUAUUGUUGCCUACCAGCCCAGUGGCGCAAACACUCACAUGUUCGAUGCCUCUGCCUUCUUCAAGUCAGUGGGUGUUUUCCUGGGCAUUUUCAGCGGCUCCUUUGUGAUGGGUGCAGCCACCGGAGUCGUCACGGCGCUCGUCACCAAGUUCACCAAGCUGCACUGCUUCCCGCUGCUGGAGACGGCCCUCUUCUUCCUCAUGUCCUGGAGCACUUUCCUGCUGGCCGAGGCCUGCGGGUUCACAGGCGUCGUGGCUGUGCUGUUUUGCGGCAUCACACAGGCCCACUACACGUACAACAACCUCUCCGAAGAGUCCACGAAACGCACCAAGCAGCUCUUUGAGGUCCUUCACUUCCUGGCUGAGAAUUUCAUCUUUUCCUACAUGGGCUUGGCUCUGUUCACCUUCCAGAAUCACAUUUUCAGCCCCAUCUUCAUCAUUGGAGCCUUUACUGCCAUAUUCAUUGGACGAGCUCUCAACAUUUACCCGCUCUCCUUUCUUCUCAACCUCGGUCGAAGACACAAGAUAAAGGGAAACUUCCAGCACAUGAUGAUGUUUGCAGGUCUGCGCGGGGCGAUGGCGUUCGCCUUGGCCAUCCGGGACACGGCUACAUACGCCCGGCAGAUGAUGUUCACCACCACGCUGCUCAUUGUCUUCUUCACUGUCUGGGUGUUCGGUGGGGGAACCACAGCCAUGCUGUCCUGGCUACACAUCAGAUUUGGGAGAAGAGAAACUUGGCAGAAAGAGCACCGUCAGCACGGAAAGUGGAAGUACUUCAGGGUCGACGUCGAUCAAGAUGAAGAUAUGCAGCCCUCUGGAGACAGCUUCCAGGUCUUACAGGGGGACGGCGCCCAGGCCGAAGGACAAAGUAAAACCAAACAGGAGAGCGCGUGGCUCUUCAGACUGUGGUAUACCUUUGAUCACAAUUACCUCAAGCCCAUUCUGACACACAGCGGCCCGCCUCUCACCUCUACUCUCCCAAGCUAUUGUGGGCCGCUGGCGAGCUGUCUGACCAGUCCCCAGGCGUACGAGAACCACGAGCAGCUCAGAGACCCAGACUCUGACCUCAUCCGCAACGACGCCGACCUGACCUUCACAUUCGGCGACACGGCCAUCACUGCCAACGGGGCCUCCGGCGGCGGGGCGGACGCCGCUGGAGGGUCGGGCUGGAGCGCGAAUGGAAAAAGGAGCGGCAGCACGUCAGAGGAGGCGCUGGAGCGUGAGCUGGACUCCCGCGAGCAGGAGCUGCUGAGCCGAGGCACGCGCCUGGUUUUCCCCAUCGAGGACCACGUCUGAGCACCCUCUGCCCUCUCAUCUUUCUGACCUGACCCCAAGACCACGUCGCCCUCAGCUCUCUCAACAACUUUGCGGGGGAGAGCGCACAGCCCUUCAAAGAUGAGACAGAUAGGAGAUUUGGGAGUAGACAGGAGGGGAUGGCUUAAGAUAAGAUCAACUCUGUGCUCCCUCUGGGGCAGAGAGCAGCAGAGCUCGAGGAGUAUUUUCUCCUCAUUACAGAGAUGAUGAGUGGAUCCUCCAGCAGAUGUGAGUCAUUUAUAACGUCAGGAGAUAAAACUGAUCGUUUCCCCUGGAAACAUUUAUGCAGGACGUGGAAAAAAAAAUAUACAAAUCAAAGAUUUUAACUGCACUUUUAAACAUGUGAUACUGCGUAUGUCGGAGGAAUGAAGGAAAAAGAAGCAGGAAAAAAAAGUCUCUCUUUCUCUCAUCAUGUGAUCCGACCAACUUGUCUUCACAGCACUCUGACAAAACGCUAAGUGGCUCCUUCGCAAUCACGGGCCAUGUGCAAAGCGGUUACUCAGACCAAACGUGAAUACAUUUUAAAGUUCGUCUCAAGCUACCAACAGUCCGGCGCUUGAUGUGUUCGUGUGUUUCCUCCACAGCCGCCACAGCCGGUCACGGGUGAAGAAUGCGAGCGUGUAAAUAGCUACAAUGCUGAGCUUUGUUCCUCUUCAGUGGAGCUGCUUGUUUCAGUGCAUUACGCCCCCAUCGCUGUUACAAUUAGCAUCUUCGUGUCUCGUCUUUCAGCCGAACCCUUUUCUGUGCAAGGUUCUGUUGUUCACAACAAUGGGAUGAAUAAGGAGCGUUUAAUUGUAUUGAUGCUAAUUUCAUUAUUUCUCAUGAGAAAAUGUUUAAGGUUUUAGAAAUAGGCAUGUGAUAAAUGCACUAUGAUAGAGUUUAGGAGGAGCUCACGCACUACAGUAACGAGCAGGCCUCCAUUGUAUUUUUGAAACUCAGUGUUGUCUACUAAUGAAGAAUGUUCGAAAUGAUCCAGACAUAUUUUAAUCGCAGAUUCAUUUGCUCAUAAUUUUCUUGGUUAAGUGUUAGUCUGAUGCGAUACGUCAGAGCCCCAGAUGAUGUUUGUUGAGGCAAACCAAACAGGUUCGCUUAACUAUCUGGAGAACUAGAAGCAUUAGAUGUUUGAUAUUUCAAGUGUCCAACUAACUCACUAUUUCAUUAACCGCUUUGAUUACACAUUUAGGAGGCACAGACAAAGAUAAACUGCAUAUUAACACUAUGACGUGGACUUUAGUUCAAAGACAAGUGAAGCUCAAUAAAACUAUAAAAGAGAUAAGAUAUCAUAAGAUAUUAUCAGGGGAAGUGUUUGCACACAACUUCUCUGACCAGUACUCCUCCUUUUACCUGCAUCAGGAGCCUGUAUAUACAGCCUCUGGGCUGUUUACUCUUUAUAUUAACCUACACACACACACACACACAUACACACACACACACACACACACACACAUACAGUAUAUAUACAUAUAAAAAUGGGCACUAAUUCAUUUAAUGUCCCGAUUUGUGGUUCGAUCCCAUUUCUUGCUUCGAGCCUUGACUCAUUGUAAAGACAAAGCUCUCAUACAUUUCAUUGAAAAACCUCAGAUCAAUCUGAUUUCAUACUUCCCGAUGCACUGUUUGUGUUCUUUGAAGUGAUUAUGGUCAAGCAGUAGUUCCGCAUUUACUGAUUAAUAUCAAGCUCAAUUAUAUCUGUCUGAUAAACAUGAAAGGACAGCCAUGAAGUGGUUAGCUUAGCUUGGCUUAGCUUAGCAUAGCUUAGGACAAAGUCUGGAAGCGGAGAAGACAGCUAGCUUGGUUCUGUCCAAAACUAACGAACUCCACGUACCGUAAAGCCCAGAAAUAGUAGAUGUCAUUUGUAUAAUCUGUUUGAAAAUCAAGACAGGUUUUUUUUUUUUUUUUUUAACUUUCAUCCAAGCCUUACAGCGGGAACUUUUGUUAAAAUGUUUUGUGUAAAAUUAUACUUUUCUUCAAUCUUCAAAGAUUUAUGCGCAGAAGUUUCCCAUAAAGGAGUUUUCAUAUGUGUUCAGCAGGACGUGUGUCUAGUUUUAAGAUCUCAUCCUGGUCCAGAAGGCAACUUAAACCAGGAAAAUCUGCAGCCGGCCUCGCACACGCACAUGAGAGUAGAUUUUUGGUAAUGUCACAUACAUGUUUUUUCCAUGGUCCAUAGUUUUAACCAUUAGCCGGGGCUGAGGUCUUAAAAGUAAAAUAACCUCAUAUUCAUAGAUAGACAAGACACUAUGGACACAAAUUCCCUUGAGGGGGACCUUUACACUUUAAAUUGAACUGAGCAGUGCCAGCCGUCUCCCCAUUUCCUGUACUCGCGCUAAGCUAAUCAGCUGCUGGCUGUGGAGCCUUCUGGGUAAUGGACUGAUGUCAGAGGCAGAUCAAUCUUCUCGAUGGAAAUCAAAACAGUGUCAAAUCAUUUCCUUGGCCUCAUUGUGCAGCUGUAUGACUUCAGUUAUUCAUCUGGCUGCACAUUAACAGUGAUGCUCCAGACUCUUCCUUACAUUACAAGUAACCCGAACACCUUUUACGAUUCUGAAAAUGCAGCUCUUUCACAAGAAAUAGGAACACACAUUGUUCUCUCUGGAAGUCAGUCAGACAAUGUGAACCCACGCAGUUUCUGUUUUGGUUUAUGUCACCCAGAUUCUUACAGUAAAAAUUACAUGUUAAAUAAAAGGUUAAGACUCAAAGGUUAAGACUGCAAUAGACGUUUCAACAAGGAAGUCCUCACCACAAAACUCCGAACCUUUCAGGCUUUGUAUUAGCUGACAUUUUCCUAUUGUAACACUGAGUCCCAUGGUUUACCUUCAGAUUGAUUUGUGUCACUCCACAUAACCAUACGUGUUUAAUUAUUAAUCCUGAAUAAAUUACUCUUUGAUGACCUUCUAGCUGUACUUCCUCACAGUUUGCAAUCGAUGUUUGGGAACCACUCAGCAGCAUGACUGUGAGCAGAUAUAUCUGUCCAUUUGUAUUUAGAGUUUAUCCAACCAGCAACUUAUCAUUAACUUAUUUUAUAGGUUUAUUAAGCUGCACUUCGACUCCGUGCUGGUUAGCGCGCUCCAGGGACAGGGGCGAUGUUUUUCUGUGAAUUCUUUUCCUAUAUUGGGCCGCCUUGUUUUUCAACACAGCUCAACCGCUGCACGUUUUAAACUCACCACACGGCACAUGUUGCCUUUCGUUUCCCCCGUGUCGAUUGCACACGAGAUUGCGUUCGUUCACGAGCAGACAAGGUCGGGUGUGGAGAGUGCGACUGUGACAGCUAAAAUCUUUAGGCUUUAACUUGAGAUGCCACUGCAUGGGUGUUAUGUCUCACCGGGGACCUCCCAGAGGAAAUGAAUCUGCUUAUGUAAGCUGUUGCUUAGCUACAUACGGCAUGGGGGCAUUUAAACUUCAGCUGAAGUGGGAAGUCUGUCUGUCUAACGUCACUGCGUGGUGGAAAAGCUCGUCUGUGUUGCUGAAAUAGCCACUUGUUUUGUCUCAUGAAACAAAAGCUGUUACUUUGCGAUGUUUGAACCAGACUAAACUGUGAUUUUACUUUGUUGCUCAUACCUGCUGAGAAUGCCCCCACAAUCCCCCCGUCCCCGCUGCAUCGGCUCACAGAAGUACGGGGAACGAAAAGGAGCACCACGUCAAGGACGAACUAACCGGAGAGUUGUUUUGAAAGACCUGGGAGCACUUUAUGGACAGCAACAUGGUGGACGACUUAAAUGAUGACUUAAAGGAGCAGAGCUUGGCACCACUCUUGUAUAACCUUCGUAUGAGCUCUCACUCUCUCUCUCUGUCUCUCCAGACCGUCGUGCCGUCAGUUGUUCUUGCCAGCUAUAUUUAAAUGCUCUUUGUACCUGAGAAAUAUGAGAUGUAGCCCACUUGUCAAUGUGUGCACCAGUUGUUUCUAGCAACUGGCUACCGGGCUUUGUCCUCCUCAGUUUGCAUGUCAACAUGUUAAUAAAAAUCAUCAAGAUCUGAAA